AUGAUAGACUUUGCUCCUAAGGGGGCAGAUCCAGGGAAGCAAGAUCAAAUCUCCCGAGACUGCAGCUCCGGGCUGGAAACGAGAGUUCUGCCCGACACAGCGAUGAAGGGAGACGUGGCCAAAGCAGGCGUCUCCAAUGGCACGGGCCAAGCCAUUGAACUGGUUCCUCACUCCGAGGAGAAGAUGGAGGAGCGAGGCCAGUGGAGCAACAAGCUGGAGUUCAUCCUGUCGGUCGCAGGCUCCAUCAUCGGACUGGGCAACAUGUGGCGAUUCCCCUACCUCUGCUACAAGAAUGGAGGAGGUGCAUUCCUCAUCCCCUACAUGAUCUUCCUGUUCACCUGUGGUGUCCCAGUCUUCUUCCUGGAGACGGCCCUGGGCCAGUUCACCAGCCAGGGAGGCAUCACCUGCUGGAGGAAGAUCAGUCCCUUGUUUGAAGGACUGGGCUAUGGCACCCAGGUGAUAGUGACUCUGCUGAACUUCUACUACAUCAUCGUUCUGGCCUGGGGCAUCUUCUACCUGUACUAUUCCUUCUCCUGGGACCUGGCCUGGUCGUCCUGCAACAACACGUGGAACACAGAAAACUGUAUGGAGUUCCAGAAGAGAAACUUGUCUUUCGACUCCUCAUUCAACGCCACCUCUCCUGUGUUGGAGUUCUGGGAGAGGAGAGCGCUCAGAAUUUCCCCCGGCAUCGACCAGAUCGGCUCUCUGAACUGGGACCUGGCCCUGUGUUUGUUCAUCGCCUGGAUCAUGUGCUACUUCUGCAUCUGGAAGGGGGUCAAAUCCACCGGAAAGGUGGUCUACUUCACUGCGACCUUCCCCUAUCUGAUGCUGAUCGUGCUGCUGAUCAGGGGGCUCACGCUGCCUGGUGCUGCGAUCGGCAUCAAGUUCUACCUUUACCCAGACCUGGGACGCCUGUCAGACCCACAGGUGUGGAUGGAUGCCGGCACCCAGAUCUUCUUCUCCUAUGCCAUCUGCUUAGGCUCGCUGACAGCUCUGGGCAGCUACAACAAAUACAACAAUAACUGCUACAAAGACUGCCUCUCGCUGUGCUUCCUGAACAGCGGCACCAGUUUCGUGGCGGGCUUUGCGAUCUUCUCCAUCCUGGGUUUCAUGUCUUAUGAACAGAACGUCCCGAUCUCAGAAGUAGCCGAAUCUGGUCCUGGCCUUGCCUUCAUAGCUUACCCCCGUGCUGUAUCCAUGAUGCCCUUCUCUCCUGUGUGGGCCGCCCUCUUCUUCAUCAUGAUUGUGUUUCUGGGGCUGGACAGCCAGUUUGUGUGUGUGGAGAGCCUGGUGACAGCGAUCGUGGACAUGUACCCCUCUGUGUUCCGCCGCAAGAACCGCAGGGAGCUCUUCCUCUUGGUUGUUGCUUUCAUCUCCUUCCUCAUGGGCCUCAUCAUGCUGACGGAGGGGGGCAUGUACAUCUUCCAGCUCUUUGACUACUAUGCAGCCAGUGGGAUGUGUCUGCUCUUCAUGUCCAUCUUUGAGACUGUCUGCAUAGCAUGGGUCUAUGGUGCCGAUCGUUUCUAUGACAACAUUGAGGACAUGAUUGGGUACCGGCCAGGACCGUACAUCAAGUUCUGUUGGAAGUUCCUUACCCCGGCCACGUGCAUUGGUACCUUUGCCUUCUCCAUCAUCAAAUACACUCCUCUCAAGUACAACAACGAGUAUGUGUACCCAUGGUGGGGCUACGCCAUCGGCUGGCUGCUGGCUAUGUCCUCCAUAAUGUGCAUCCCGCUCUGGAUGGUGUACAAGAUCAGCACGACUCCGGGGACAUUCCGAGAGCGCAUUCAGCUGCUCAUCACACCUUCUGAUGAUUUACCCAAAACCAAGAGGGAGCAGGAGAGGCUCCAGGCCAUCUUUGCUCCCGAGGUGGACGCCACCACGGGUAAAAAUGGCUACAGCCCUGUCUCAGACAAAGACACCAACGUAUGA